GAGUAUUUUCCCCCAUACUGUGGAAACCAAUGGCUACCAUAAUCUUUGUGGUUACACACAUUCUUCAAAAUAUCUUAUUUUGUGUUCAGUGGCUGUAAGAAAUUCAUACAGGUUUGGAACAACUUGAGGGUGAGUGAAUCAUGACAGAAUUUUAAACUUGGGGGAACUUUACAGGGAUAAUUCGUCCAAAAUUAUAAUUGUUUGUCAUUGUUUACUCACUCGAAUGCCAGACUCGUAUAUGGCUUCUUACACAACAGUCUUGGUAGCCAUUCAUUUAGACAGUAUAUGAGAAAGAUGCAAUGAAGGUGAGUGCUUGACAUUCUGCAUAACAUCUCGAUUUGUGUUCCACGGAAGAAAGAAAGACAUAAGGGUUUAACUUCUCUGAAGACAGGAUUUUCAUUUCUGGCCGAGUGAGUCCCAGUCUGUCGUCUGCUCACUAGAGGUCGCCGUUGAACUAUAACAUUUUUUAAAACAGUGAAAGGAAAAAAACUUUGACAGCUUUUACAAAUAUGUGGCAAGAGAGGUGGGACAGCGGAUGUAAAGGACGGCAUUUGCACAAUACACAAAACAAGUUGGUUUAGUUAGAGGUAACAGAAAGAAAGAUACAGUAAUACCUCGUCUGAGAAUCGGUCAAUUCUGCCCUCAACAAAUCACUUCAGAUGACUGGAAAACUUAUGAUUCUGGUCAGUGUUAUAAAUGUGGACUCCCAGAAGCCGCAGAGCAUGUGCUGAUCAAUAAUACUGGUAUGAAAGACAAAGACUACGAUUUAAUAUCUGUUGGCAUAAGCUCUUUAACUUUGCAGAAUGUACUACUAAACAGUUCUUAUAAAGGUUAUAAAGCUAAUUAAAUUUUUUUUAAAGCAAUAAUGUUAUAUAACAGAAUAUAGGAGGAUAUUUUUCUCUCUCUCUCCUGAUAUCAAGGUCUCACACUUCUUCAGUAGGUGGCGAAAUAUGCAGCAGACGCUGGUUCGCCAGCCGCUUUUAAACGUUGAAGAAGAAGGACCUUCACGUCAUAUCCUGUUAGCUUAGCAUCUCGGGAGAAUGAAAAAAUGACCUCCCAUGAUUUGUAGCACAAAUAACCUCGUAUAACAACUAAAUAGAACAUAACCACAUCAUUUAACUCUAAGGGUAUAAUUGUGAAAGGAAUACUAUUAUGGCGGCUUUGGUUUCAUGCUGUUUUGGCUGCUGUGAAGACAAUAACAGGGGCCACGUAACCCUGAAGGAAAUGCCCACGGUUCAGCUGGACACUCAUCACAUGGGUACUGACGUUGUCAUUGUAAAGAGUGGAAAGCGCAUAUGUGGAACUGGUGGUUGCAUUGCAAACGCCCCUCUCCAUCAAAACAAGAGCUACUUUGAGUUCAAGAUUCAGUCCACGGGUGUCUGGGGAGUAGGAGUGGCAACGCAGAAAGCAAAUCUGAACCAGAUCCCUUUGGGUAGAGACCCGCACAGCCUUGUGCUCCGGCAAGAUGGUACCGUGUACCACAACAAUGAAGAAAAGAACAGAUUACCUGCAAACAGCUUACCGCAGGAAGGAGACAUUGUGGGUGUUACGUAUGAUCAUGUGGAGCUGAAUUUGUACCUAAAUGGGAAGAAUAUGAACUGUCCAGCAUCAGGCAUUAGAGGAACUGUUUAUCCUGUAGUUUAUGUUGAUGAUAGUGCAAUACUAGAUUGCCAGUUCGGUGACUUCUACCAUUCUCCUCCGCAAGGCUACCAGAAGAUUCUUUUUGAGCAACAGAUCUUCUAAAGUUCAUGAUGUGCUACUCCAUAGCCGGGAUUUGUAGUGCUAUGGUUAUGACUGACUUCUAAAGAUUGUGUGGCUCAGCCUACUGAAAGCAGUUAAAGUAAUGUCAUCUGUGAUUUUGACUCGUGUAAAACUGUCACAUAUCCGGCCAUUACUACUUAGUUUAAAAAGUCAUCUUAUGUUUUUCAGAUGAACUCUGAUAUAUCAUCUGCCCAGUAAUGAUCUGUGCACUGAUCUCAAAACACACUCAGAGCAUACAUCUUUAGUUUACACUUCAUCAAACAUUGUACAUUUACUGAUGUACAGUAUUAACAGUGUACUUUUGUGAACAUAUGCCCCCGGCUUCGCAGACAAGGCUUAAGCCUAAUCCCAGACCAAAAUGCAUGUCUGUUCUGUUUCAACUGUAAGAAACUUGCACUGACGUAUCAUAAAAUAUAUACUGUAAGUACUAUGACUUGUCCCCAGAUGCAUACCAGUAAUGUUUUUUCUAAGGCACGUUUAUAAAAUAUACUUUAAUGUCCUAAUUGAUGAAAUGAAUUUUUGUUUUAAGGCUGGUUUGAAUACAAAAACGGGUAAUAAUGGAGUCACAAAUCACAGCUGACAAUCAUGACUUUAUACUUUAUGCAUUUCAAGAGAACUAAGUGAUGCUGACCUGAAAUGCUGAUACUGACUUAAAAUACUGUCAGAGCUCUUUUUAUUGUUAUUGUUUGCCUGAUUUCAUUGUCUGUCUGAUGUAUGACCUACAGCUGCACUCACCAUAUACAUCAUAAUGACUUGGAUUUAUAAAAGCUCUACAAAAAUACAUAUAUUUAAAUUUCAUGGCGUUCAUAUUUGGUUGUAUUUUCCAUAUUAUGUUGCGGUUGAUAUACAUUGUCUUCUCAUUAUUGCAGUUUCUGCACAGCAUUAAGUGCGACUUAUAUAUUAAGAAAACGUGAGACAUACAAGAGGAUAAGAAGUGUAAAGAUUGUUUACCUUAAAUAUUUAAUAAAUGUCUUUCUUCUCUGAUUAUGAAUUGUUGCAACUGAUCACAAAACUGUUUUUAAUAAAUAAGUGAAUAUUGAA